UGGUGGUGGUGGUGGUGGUAAUCAGAAUGAUAAUUCACUUCAUGAUAAUUUGGAGUCUCAUCACCAUUUACUUCAACAUCCACAUCAACGUCAUCUUUUCAAUGUUGAAUCAAUGGUUGAUAAAAGUGUCUGUGGCAGACUCAAUCUGUCUGUUGAAGGUAAUUCAGGACAUGAUUCAAUUAAAGAUUGUGGUUCCUGUGGGAGUGGUGACAGUUCACCAGUUUCAAUUGUUAAUGAUAAAGUUGAUGUUGACUCGUCGACACUUAAUAAUGUUGAUCAAAGAACCAGGAAACCUCAAUGUGCUCGAUGUCGUAACCAUAAUGUUCAAUCAGAUCUUAAAGGUCAUAAGAGGUUUUGCAAGUUUAAAGAUUGUGUCUGUGCUGAUUGCUUGAUAACGGAGGAGAGGCAAAAGGUCAUGGCUAAACAGGUCGCUCGAAGGAGACAGCAAGAAGAUGAUCUGAAAAACGGACGAAUGCCAACGAUUCCAACAGCUCCGAUUAAGCGGCCUUUCUACAAAGAAUCAACCAGUGAAUUUGAACCUAAGUCAAAGUUGAGCAAAAACAACAGUAACAAUGAAAGCAACAACACCCACCACAGCACCACCAUCAAUACAAAUACCACCACGACUCACAACAAUACCAAUAACACCACCACCGCCAGCAGUAAUAACAGUAAUUCGAAUCACAAAGAACAAGAAAUAUCAUUUGAUAAAUUAAUACAAACCUCAAGUCAAUUCCAGAAUAUACUUAACACUGUGGGCAACGAGAAACUGUUUACCUUCCUGGUUAUGGCUUUCGUACGAGAUAAUAAAGGUAACAUUGAACAAUGUUUAGCGAAACUCAAAUUAGAGGAAUCAACAUUACUCCAGAAUCCAUACAAUCCGUAUAAAAAUGGGACAACUGUUAACAUGAUACACCACAUGAAUCAACCCGCAGUCUCUGAAUUCAUCAACACUCAACAUUUUUAUGAGAAAAUACGAACAAGUUUCGGACAUAAAUUAGAUGGAACCCUAAUAACUAAUAACUAUAACGGUCAAUUAGUUCGUGCUUUAAAUUAUCGAGUAUAACUAAGCUUUAAUCGAAUUGGAAAGAAGCUGAAACACAAAACAUACACAAAAACCUAUUACAACAACGUCCUCAGUUGAUCCUUUAAUAUCUUUUCUUGUUCGAGUUUAUCUUUUUUUCGUUCCAUCUCUUUCUAUCAUCUUCAUCCUCAUCCUCAUCUUCAUCAUCAUAAUAAUGUUCUCCUCUUCAAUUCCUUUUCUGCUUUUCCUUUUUCUCAUCAAACUUAAUUGUUCUCACUGAUGAAGUUAAUGAACAUGAAUGAGAAUACAAAAAAUGGACUCGAUAAGAUGAAAGGUUCAAAGAUAGAGCGAGAAAGAGACCAAAAACAAGGUGAGAUUGUGAGAGGAAAGAGGGGGAUAAUUUCCAUCAGCAUUUCCCCUUCUGCCUCUUCAUGGUGAAUUAUAAUCUAGGUAAUUGGAGAUAAAUUAACAAAAGGAGGAAAAGGCAAUUGUAAUAAUGAGAAAAAUUGAUUCUCGUGACUAGAAACGAAUUGUUCAUCGUGUUUUAAUCUACUUCAUCUGCAUCUUGAGUCAACAUUUUAUCAAAAAUCGUCUCUUUUUUGUUCCCCUCAUUUAAAUUGGUCGUUAUACUUUCGGAACUUUGUUAAUAUUAUCAACUCUUGGAUCGUCCAAACUGUUUCGAAUGAUUUUUCUGAAUUCCCAAUACAAUUGGUAAACAAAAUCAUCAAAAAAUGUAAUUAUUUCUGUUUCCACUCCUAAACCAAAUUUUCCCUUGUUUCAAAUUUCCUCAUUUAAAUUAUAUUCUCAUUGCGAGUUAAUUUCUCUUGAAAUUUUCUUUUGUAAAAUGACUUGAUAAUAAUGAGAAAGUUUCGUUGAGCUGAAAUGGGUAACCAGUCAUCUUUUCCCUCGCCAAACCAAUCGAGAUAAUAAGUUUCUCUCAACCGAAUUAUAACAAUUGACUGUUUGUUUUUCAAUAUUCGACAUUAUUUCAGUUAAAUCAUCGCCACUCUGAUCAGUAAAUAUUCAGUUUUUGCUUCUUCUCAUUAUUCGCUUCUGGUAGAGUUUCAACAUUUUAACAUGAUGUUAUCAAUUCGAUUGUCUUCAUCAUUCAACUAAUUAAGUGAUUAAUAUCUACUAAUAUCAAUUGAUGGUCAGCGUCAACAUCGCGGAAACACAAAAGAAACUGAUUGUAUUGACUUUGCUUCUUUGGUCAAUAAUUAAUUGUUUCAAUCAAUCGGAAAGUUAUCUAGUUAAUUCAAUCAAUUUAAAAACCACUGAGCUGAUAAUCUACUAAUAUCAUUUGUCAAAUAGAUUUGUAUAAAUAUUGGAUUAUCUUUAACAAGAAGGAAAAAGUCACCAAGGGUAAAGCUGAUUAAAGAGAUUAGAUGAAAGUUAAAUGUUGAAAUUCAAAUUAUCUCUACUCUCUGGUCAUUCCCUGUUUUCUGAUUUCAUCAUGGGUUUGUUAUCUCAAGAGAUUGAGUGUCAUCAAAUUACUGGCCGAGUGAUAACAAGUGAUAACAGCAUUUUGUCUCCUUGGAAUCAAUCAAGAAGAAGAAGAUGAUUGGAUUGAUGAGUUAAAGGUUAAUAAAAAAGGAGAUGAAAAAGAAAGAGAAGAGAAGAGGUGGAAAGGGUGGCAAAAGGUUCUUUUGAUGCUGAUGAAGAGGAAAGAAAAAUUUUCUCUAAUUUGGAUGGUAAAGAAGCUUGAAGAAAGUUCACCAAGGAAUUUACUUGAUCAGAAUCAUGAGUAUGAUCAUGGCCAUGAUUGUAAUGUAGAUGAUAUGAGACCAGUGACCCUUAAAGAAGAUGAUGGAUCCAGUAAAAAGUGAACGCGUUAAUAUCCUUUACUUGUGUUUGUUGCUUUAUCAGAGACUCUGGAGGACAUUUGGUGAGCAUCAGGAUCAACAAGAUAAUGGAAAUGAAUAUGUGAGAAUAUUUUCCAUGUAAAUUGCUUAUAAUAACCUCGAGUUCUCCCCUUCUGCUAACGGCUAUCGUUGUGAUGUGAUAAAUUGAGACUCUAGAUGAUAGAAGAGAAAAUUGAUCAAUAUCAUCCAUGGAUCAUGAUGAUAAGUACAAGAUAAUUCAGAGAAAAUAAAGAAUUAUCGUUAUCAUCUUUCGUUGGAAUUGAGAAGAUAGAAGUAAAUAAUUGAUCUGUUGAUAAUUUAAUUAAUCAUCCGAAAGACAAAAAUCAAUCGAUUGCUCUUUCAUCAUCAAUUUUGCAUUGAUGAUUAUGAUUAUGAUUCAAGUGAUAAGUGUCAAAGGCUAAACAUUAACAAGAAAGAACUGUUUUUAUGGAAAAUCAAGUCAGUAAAAAGUGAUAAUCAUUGAGUUAAACUUGACCAUCAUCAAUAUCAACAUGAAAUGAAAAGGAAAUUGUGAACCUUCUUGAAGACUUAUUGAAAUUCUGGUUUCAAGGCUCCAAUCAAUAUCAUGGUAAAGCACAAUUCUCCAUGAUUAACAUGAUUUUCAUCAAAUCUUCUUUCUCUGCAUUUGGUCUGUCAUUGUCAUCACCAAUUCCUGACUUAAUUUAAGUAUAAGCAAGAUUAUGUCUUAAAUACCAACAUGUUACCAUGUUCAGACUCAUUCUAAUCACGAGAUGAAAAAAUGAUCAAGUUAUUUGAUUACUGACCAGCAUAUGGAGCGAGGUAGCAAUAAAAUUGACCAUCACCACCGAUGACAGUUAACAUGAUAACAAUCAAUUAAAUGAAACAACUUCUCAUGGAUGUGCUUUUAAAAAUAAUCAAUCUCCGAGCUUCAAAUAUAAAAAACUUAUUAAUCUUGAUUAAUGUUUGGUUAAUAUGACAAUUGAAAUUGAAAUUUAAUCAAUUCAAUUGUUGAAAGCUCAAAAUUUCAAGUCAAAUGAAACUUUCUCAUUACGAUGCCAUUGAAAUCCCUCUCCUCUCCUCUCUAUCAUAAUUUCGUCAUUUCAAAUCCCUAAUCCCUAAUCUCAAUGUCUUCAAUCAAUAUUGAGACGAAAACAAAUUUCAUCCUCAUCUUUAAUCAUCAACAUCAACAUCAGUUCUGUUUAAAUAUUGAAAAUAUAAAUAAUGUAAAACUAAUUGUUGAUGUUGGAAAAAACUUGUUUAUGUUCAAAUCUCAAUCUUAGGUAUUCAAUGGCAAUUCCUUGUUGUUAAUCAUAAAAAAAACCCACUUCCUAUUUCUGUCUAUUUCCUCUUCUCAUAUAUCUCCCAUUGACUCGAAUUGUUUUCAAAAAACAACAAAAACUUUUUGUUCUUUGGUUCUAAACCAAUUUAAAUCUCUUGGACUUUUUUGGCUUCAAGUUCGUCAAACGAACAGCAAAUCCAAGUUUAUACAUACACCACCCAAAAAACAUCAUAAUUGUUUUUCUCAACAACACCUUCGGCUUAUGCUCAAUUCUGUUUACGCAUUUUUCAAUGGCCUCUAAUCGAAGUAAGUUGAAUUCAGAACUUAUUUUUAUUUCUUUUCUGCCUGUUUUACUUUUACCUUGAUGCUGUUUACUAGUGUAAACAAAAGGAUCACCAGGCUGAUCUCAUUCUUAAAGAAAUUUCUUUAUAUGGUAAUGAGAUUAUUCAGUUACUCUGCUUAUGUCAAGUAACAAUGAUAAUAAUUCUCACCGUAUGAACGUGAUGAUAUUUUCCACCUUCUCAGAAAGAUAAGCAUCUCUUUUCCUUUGUUGGGAUGAGUUUUUUUUUCUCAUCUCACAAAUGAUAACAUGAAAUUGAGAAACAAAGUGAUAACUGAAAUAAAUAUAUCACAUGAGAUUGAAUAGCAAUCUCAUGGGUACACAUUGAAAUGAGAAGAUGAUGGUGAUGAUACUGUUGAUGGUUUAUGAUGCUAAAGAUGAUGAGAGAGAAAAGAAACAUAAUCCAAAUAAAAGAAAACAAAGAUUCUAUUGAAUUCUAAUGAUUAUGAUGAAUAUGAUUCGCUCGCAGACUCGAUUCCAAAUUUUUUAUCUGUCUCUUUUAUUUAUCUAUUUCAACUUUGCUUCUAAUCAUAAAUUAUUAUUCUGGUUGAAAGAUAAUUUGAAAAUUAUGAGAGAAUUGUGAAUGAAAGCAAUGGAAACAUUUAUUUGGUCCAACAAAAAUUAUCUCUCAUGUUGAUAUUAUUGUUUAUUCAAAAUAUCAUGAGACAGUUUUUGAGUUUGGGAAGCAAUAAAUAUCAUCAUGAUUCUGAUGAUUCAGGGUAAUGUUCAUGAUGAUGAGAAAUAAUAAUGAAAAGAAACAAAACUGACGAAGAAAUUGUUUUGGAAGAAAAAAUUGUUGCCAUUCUUUUUUUCUUUUUUUUUUUUUUCCUUUAUUCUCAAUCUUUUGAUUUCUGAUUAUUGUUACUUUUAUUUUCUAUCCAUCAACAAGUCACAUACACACAAAAGUAUACAAAUAACCCUCACCCAACUUUCCACAUCCAAUGAGCCAUUUGUGAACAGUAAUCAUAAUUGAUGUGAAAUAAGAUAUUGGAGUAAAACGACUGGACAGAAAAGGCAGGGAGAAUGAGAGAGAAAGAGAGCUAAGGAAGUUGGAAAAUGUUUACAGAGUGAGCCAGAGAAAAAAGUUAUCCAAUGGUCAUGUCAAGUUUUCUUUUUCUUCUCUCUAUCCCCGUGAAAAAAAGUUGCCAUGAACUAAGAAUUCUAAUAAUAAUAUUAUCACCAUCAUGGUUAUUUAUCAUGCUUACCUUGUAAAUUUGUAUGAAAGGUUGUUAAACGGUUUGAAAAAUGAGGCUAUUUAGCAAUUGAAAUGAGGUGAACCUUUGAAAUUGACCAGUGUCCAGGAUAUGAAGAGGUAGAGAUUCAAGUUUCCUUUCGGCUUCUUUAAUUACAUACAAUAAGCACAAACCAUUCGACCUGAAACAUCACAGCUAAAUGACCAGAAUAUUGAGAUAGAUAUAGACGAAUGAGAGAUAGAAAACAUGGAAACGUUCAAUUUUAGAAAAUGAGAAAUUCUGUUAUUUGUCUCUUUCUACAAACAAAACACAUUCUCUUUGCUAGAAAAGGUAAUUCCUGCAGCCACCUCACCCAAAAAUCAUCACCCUGUUCUAACCCUUUUGAACGAAAGAAAAAAAUAAGUAUUAUAAUGUUGAAGAUAAAAACUGUCACAUUAAAUGUCCCCUAACAUUACGUUGAAUAUGAUUGAUGGUCAUUUUUGUUGGUUAACGUUUCUAUUAUUUCCCAGACCACUCAAUGGUUUUUAUUUAUUUCAUCACAUUCCAGUCAGUCAAAGAUAAUAGUUGAAAGCAUCUUGACCACUCUCUCAUCUCCUCCUACAACUCCACCUUGAUUAUCUUUCUUUUCCUUUCAAUCCAAAACUAUCAACAUUUGUUUUGUCCAAACAUGAGAAUGGACAAUUUUAACAAUCGUCAGGGUGAAAACUAGUUGCGGGUUGGCAACAAUAACUAUCAACAUGAUCAACACCAUCAGAGUUUCAACGAUUCAACUCUCAGGUUACAAAAUGUGAGAAAAGACUGAUCAUUUCUGAGAUUCGGAAAAACAAUCAUCACGCAUAAAGUAAAACAUAGUCUUAAGUAUAAAUUCAACUUGUUCGAUUAUCAAUUUUUAGAUAAAAUCAUACAACCAAAAUGCGUAAACAUCAAAUACCCAAUGAUCUAAAUCUAAUCUUUUUCUAAUUCCAAGCAACUUAUUAUCUUCGAAAUAUUUCUCGUUGUAAUCGCACAAAAAAGACAAAAAUCUUCACAACUUUAACUUUUUCACCAAUCUAAUUGGUAAAAAAGGUAAAAGAAGAAAGUUAAAUUGAAUUAAAACAUCUAAUAGAUCAGAACUGGUCAGUUCUUUUUUUGUUACUCUGAAAAAAUGUCCUCAUCUUUUUGUAAUGUCCGUUGGCCGUUAGACGGUUUAAAGUUUUGCUCAAAAAAGGACUGACCACCAACUCUAAUCCAAACACCUCAAACCAAUUAAACGAAGAUAAUAAGGUGUAUCAUCUCUCCUUUUCCUCUCCCAACCUCCACUUGCCUUGUACAGAAAACAAGAGAAAAAACUGUUCUAUUAUUUUCCACCUCCACCCUUGAAAUAAACUCCCAUUGAGAUAAACCCUUUGGAAGGAAAACAAAAGAAGACAAUUUGGUGGCAAAAAGAAAAAAACUUUAAUAACAAAUAGCUAAUAAUUUAUCCAUUACUGAAGAAUGAUGGAUGUAAAAUAUCAUCUCUCACUCUCCCUGAAACUCCUUCUUUUUUAUUAUCAAUUCCCUGUUUUCCCAUAAAUCCACCAAACUCAGGAAACAUCAUCCCAACAACUAUCACCAAACAAUAACAACAAAUGCUUGUAACAAGUUGUUUCUUCUGUCUGUUAUCAAAUAGCUUCUCAACAGACGAGACCCAAUAAACAGCAAUAUAACAAUAAAAUGGUUAAAACAUGAAAUGCACCACAACAUGAAGCAACAUGAACCAUUUUAAUAAACACCCAACAGCGUUGAAACCGCCAAAAGGCGAUUCUCAUCAUAAUAGUAAUAAUAAUAUGAUCAUCAUGAAGAUAUCAAUGAUGUUAAUAAUUCUGAUGAUAUUAAUGUAACAUGAUAACAAGAAAAAGAUGAAGGUGGCAAGUGGGGAGUAAAUCUUGAAAAUGAUCACCGGUUUGAACUUGGAAACAAAAUCUAAUAAUCUUUCGGAUAACAUGAUGUAACUGAUUCAUGUUGCUCAAUUGAGUCAACUUAUUACAUGGUAAUCACAAUGAUACAAACAUUGGGGUAAAGAAUAGUGAGAAAUAGACAAAUCAUAAAAUUGUAUAGAAAUGCUGUUGGAACAAUUUGAAUUGUUGUUUAUUGUUCACAACAAUCUCAAUUGUUUUCCUUAAAUUUGAUUAAUUUUUGUGUGGAAAUUUGUAUUGAUUAAAGGCUUAUUUUACCAA